UUUGACCAGUCGUACUUCCUCUCACUGACGCCGCAAUACAUAUACAUACAAAUCCUUCCCACUGCGCAUACUCAAAUUUAUCAAGAAUCUUUUCACAGACUACAUAUAACGCAUCUCCUCCCAUCAAUACAAACUUCCAGUUCUUCUCGAAAUCUCCCAUCAUUCAACUCUUUUUCUCCAAGAUCGGACGGCUAAGGAUCCCUCUUUCCUUUUCUUUCAGUCUCACCACUAGGGCUCAAUCACUCUUUCCUUACUCAUCUCUUCUCGUUAUGCUGAUCAAGGUAAGCUAAUAACACAACAUUUUUAUGGAGUCUAAUGGUCUAAAGAGUGGAAGGAGAAAAGACUAUAUUGCCCAUCAAAGUCAUGAAGUGAGCACAUCCAUUUCUGAUGAAGAACUCGAUCCAUGGACAGCUUGGGCUUACAAACCUCGAACAAUUACACUUUUAUUCAUAGGCUCAUGUUUUCUGAUUUGGGCUAGUGGAGUUGUUGAUCCGGAAAGCAAUCCAUCAGAUGAUAUUGUAACAUCUGUCAAAAGGGGCAUAUGGGCAAUGAUUGCAGUUUUUCUAGCUUACUGUUUGCUUCAAGCUCCUUCAACGUUAUUAAUUAGGCCACAUCCUGCAAUUUGGCGUCUAGUUCAUGGCAUGGCUGUUAUUUACCUUGUAGCAUUAACAUUUUUGCUUUUUCAGAAUCGCGAUGAUGCUAGGCAAUUCAUGAAGUAUCUCCAUCCUGAUCUUGGUGUUGAACUUCCAGAAAGAUCAUAUGGUGCUGAUUGUCGAAUAUAUGUACCCAAUAAUCCCACUAACAGGUUUAUAAAUGUUUAUGAAACACUUUUUGAUGAAUUUGUUCCUGCUCAUUUAUUCGGGUGGUGGGCAAAGGCAAUAAUGAUCCGUAAUCAACCACUUUUAUGGGUAUUAUCAAUCGGAUUCGAGUUAAUGGAGCUAACAUUUCGCCAUAUGUUGCCAAAUUUUAAUGAGUGUUGGUGGGACAGCAUUGUUCUUGAUAUAUUGAUUUGCAAUUGGUUAGGUAUUUGGGCAGGGAUGCAUACGGUUCGUUAUUUUGAUGGUAAAACAUACGAGUGGGUUGGAAUAAGCCGUCAACCAAAUAUUUUGGGCAAAGUAAGUUUAUAUUUCCAGUCCUAUCAAGGUCAUUGUCAGUGUCAGUGUCAGUGUCAGUCUGUUGACCAGUGGAUAUCUGUAUACCAGGUAAAACGAACAUUAGGUCAAUUUACUCCAGCAAAUUGGGACAAAGACGAAUGGCAUCCGUUUCUCGAUCCAUGGCGAUUCAUUCAAGUUUUAACCCUUUGCAUUGUGUUCUUGACCGUUGAACUCAACACGUUUUUUCUCAAAUUUUGCCUGUGGGUCCCACCUCGAAACCCCAUUAUUGUUUAUCGAUUGCUUCUUUGGUGGCUUAUUGCAAUUCCUACAGUUCGGGAGUAUAAUUCUUACCUACAAGACCGAAAACCCGUGAAAAAGGUUGGAGCUUUUUGUUGGCUUUCGCUUGCAAUUUGCAUCAUUGAACUACUUAUUUGCAUCAAAUUUGGGCAUGGUCUUUUUCCUACUCCAAUGCCUAGAUGGCUUGUAAUUUUAUGGUCAUCUGUUGGUGUUGGACUUCUUGCGUUCUUGAUGAUGUGGACAUGGCGAUUUCAUCCAAGUUUAAGCAAAAAACAAAAACGGCUUUGAAUUCGUUUGCCACCUGUUUUUUUGUGGUGAAAAAUGGGUCGUUUUAUUGAAUGUCAACAUACAUGUUGUAAAUUUUAUUCAUUUCAUAACUGUAAAUUCUCAUUAUUUCAGCCAAGAUUUUUCAUAUUUAUAUUUUAUUAA